AUGGAGCUGCUGCUCUUAGGUGACGGUAAUGGUAACAACCACUAUGUCCUGAUAAAGGACAUUAAUAGAAUGCUGUACAGUGUAAGCGGAUACGAACACAAGAAGCACUUCUGCCUGCACUGCCUCCACAGCUGUAAGAGUGAAGAGCUGCUGAAGAAGCACAAGGAGACAUGUCUUGAGGUAAAUGGAACUCAGGCCACAAAGCUUCCCAAGGAAGGAACUAAAAUAAAGUUCAAGAAUCACAGGAACUCAAUGCCUGCACCAUUUGUAAUAUAUGCCGACUUUGAAUCCAUACUGGUUCCAGAAGAGAGAAAAGUUGAUUCUGAGGGCACUGAGGACAAAAGCAGUACGGACCUUUACCAGACGCAUAAGGCUUGUAGUUUUGGGUUAAAAACAGUCUGCCACUACGACGAUAAGUACUCAGGUGAAUAUGUAAGUUACGUUGGUGAAGACGCCGCAUUAGUCUUCCUAAAGACCGUACUGAAGGAGUCCAUUAAGUGUAGAGAGAUGGUUAAUAAAAUAUUCAAGAAAAAGAUGGUAAUUACACCCGAACAGGAAACCGAGUUCUGGAUGACUAGGAACUGCUCAAUAUGUGGUAACGACCUCGGAGACGAUAGAGUGAGGGACCAUGAUCACGUAACUGGACUUUACCGUGGAGCUGCCCAUAAUAUGUGUAAUCUAAAAUACAGAAUCACAUGGAAAGUUCCAGUGGUCUUCCAUAAUCUGAGAGGUUACGAUAGCCAACUAAUUAUGCAAGAGAUCGGUAAGUUUAAGAUGGAUAUUAACGUGAUUCCAAAUAAUAUGGAAAAAUAUAUUUCCUUCUCACUAGGCAAAAGUCUUGUGUUCAUCGACUCAAUACAGUUCAUGGCUUCUUCUUUGGAAGCACUCGUAAGCAACCUUUCACCUGAGGACUUCAAAAUAGUAGGUAAGAGGUGGAAGGGUGAGGACUUUGAUCUUGUAACACAGAAGGGUGUAUUUCCAUAUGAGUAUCUAGAUGACAUCAGCAAACUCAAUACCGAGGGUCUUCCAAGUAAAGAUAAGUUUUACUCUUCACUAUAUAAGUCGGAGGUGAAAGGAGAAGAUUACCAGAGAGCUCAGAAAGUAUGGAAUCACUUUGGGAUGAAAACCAUGAGAGACUACCACGAUCUCUACCUGGAAACUGACGUUCUUCUACUGGCAGAUGUUUUUGAAAACUUCAGGAGAACUUGCUUGGAAAACUACAAGCUAGACCCU